AACGUAGAAAUAUGUGAGCGAACAGCAGCAAAGACAAACAGACAACAGCCAACCAAACAACAAAUCAACCAACCAGCCAGGCAGCCAGCCAUCCAGCCAUUGUGGACAAAGCAAGUUUUAGUACGUGUUCCUCCGUGUCUGAAAACAGUUCGAAUUCCUUGACAGAGCGCGUGAAUUUCCGUUCCGUUUUGAAAUUGUCACACCAACAUAUCACAAGCUGGAAAAGCCAAAGCAAGACAGACAGUAAGACAAAAGGAAAAACGACACAGACACAUACACACACACACGAAGAAAGCACGCACAAUUACACAUACAUACCCACACAUUCAGACACACAAACGUAUACAUUCAUUUACUCAUUCACCUCAAUAAAAGCGACAACUUGAACAUACCUAUACGCGAAUAAAAGCACACACAUACGCCAAUACAUACAUACAUACAAACAAAUGGAAAAUUAAUACUUUAAAGCAAAAAUUGCAAUACCUACAUAUCCUUUGAAGAAAAUGUUGUGAGAAAACAAAGAAGGCGAAAUAAAAAACAAACAAAGAAAAAUAGUGAAAAAUAAAUAAAAUAAUUAUAGAAAAAGGACCUGAGUCCAAUAACAAAUGACGGUGCAUAUCAACAGUCCCGAGUGAAAUCGAAACAAAGUUUGUGGAAAAACUACAUUUUCGGAAAACUGGAAAAUUUUUAACAAAAAAUUAGUUGAGUGAAAAUUGUUUAAAUUGUCUUAAAGUCUAGUGGCACGUUUUGCCAGUUGAAUAUUUUGUCCAGUGCCAAACACACGCACACACACAAACGUACAUAUGUACAUAUAUUAUAGUCCCACAUAAAACAAAGGUCUAUUCAUCGUUCAGUGAGUUCGUGUUUCCUUUUUGUUAUGGUCAAUGUGUGAGUGGGCCAGCAAAGGACUCUCCAACAAAACGUGGCUGAAUCUGUUUUGCCAAGAGUGCAAAAGUGGUGAAAAUUCAAUUUUCAAUAAAAGGUGAAAAAGCCAAGAGAAAAAAGGAAACCAAAAGAAAAUAAAGUAUUUGGCCCAAAAAAAGUAAUCUCAGUAGACCCAGUAAAAAAUUUUUAAACAAAACAUAUCACAACAACAAAAUUCAAAUAAAACAAAAAUAAUUUUCUAUUUGUAAACCAAGUCAAUUAAAAAAAACAUAACAUCAAUAAUAUUUUGCCUCAAGAGAAACGAAGCAAAAGAGCAAAGAAACGAAACGAAACGACAAAUCCCCCAACCAAACAUAUCAUCCGCAUAAAAUCGUUUACAAAACAGCUUAAAGCAAAACAAACAACAACACCAACAACUAUUCCCUCUCAAUCUCUCUUUAAAAUCCCAAGUCCAAAACAAAACCAGAAAAAUAAAAGAGCAAAGAAAAUAAAACAAGUUAAUGUAACCGCAAAAGACAACUUUGCCACAAGUGUAGCAGAUUUGUGAAGAAUCCAAGAAGAAGCUGAAGAAGCCAAGAAAAUAACAACCAAACAAACGCCAAAGUAUUUGUCGACAGAAAACCGCGCUUCCUUUGGAACCGGUUAACUAACCCAUGCUUGGCAGAUAGCAAGUUCCCCCUUCGUUCGUUCAUUCAAAACCAAAUAAAUCAGUGAAUCAAAUGCACCUGUUUUGAGGCUGCCUCGGCCAGCAUCUCAAAUCUUUGUUAAGCGCCUGUUUUUCCAGAGGUUGUUAACUUGAUUGGGUGCAACAUUUAUGCAAAAGUUAAUGGCCUAAAGGAGACCAAAAACAGCAACAGCAGCAUCGAUCCCAGUGCAUUAUAAUAACAUGUUUUUCUAAACCAAAAAAAAAAAAAAACUCAACGCAUAAACUUGAUUGGAUAUAAAGUUUUUGUUUUUUUUUUUUGCCGCUGCUGCAUUCAACAUUUGCAUCAUCAGCAUCACCAUUAUUACGAAAACCAGUUCAUCAAAUUGAAAAAAAAACAACAACAACGACACCAAAUCUGCGAAAGGAAGUUACGCUCCGGCCAGGCAACUCCAUUCGAGCUUCUAAUUAAAAUUGGAUUUUCUUCUACUUCAAAAAUUUAUGGCGUUUACAUCCUGACAUUGCUCGCCAACAUCCCCAAGACCAAUCGAGAAUAUGCAGCAAUCCAACGAACAAAGAACUCAACCUCAACACAGGCUAAAUGCCAAAAGCCAACAACAGCAACAACAACGCAACAUUCCAACACUCCGCCACUUUGGUCAACUACUUGUCAUGUUCCUUAUUAUGAGCCUUCAAGUUACGGAUGUUGUGGCCAAGGUCAAGACGAAAAAGAAUUCCAACAUUCACUUCAGCAAUGAGGAUAAUUUGAAAUCGCCCACAGAGGGACAACAUUUUGCCAUGGAACCGCAGGAUCAAACGGCGGUGGUGGGUUCACGUGUUACCUUACCCUGUAGGGUAAUGGAUAAAGUGGGUGCCCUGCAAUGGACCAAGGAUGAUUUUGGUUUGGGUCAACAUCGUAAUCUGAGUGGUUUCGAACGCUACUCCAUGGUGGGCAGUGAUGAAGAGGGUGAUUUCUCUUUGGAUAUUUUUCCCGUCAUGCUGGACGACGAUGCUCGUUAUCAGUGUCAGGUGGGACCGGGUCCAAAUGGUGAGGCUGGCAUUAGGUCAAGAUUUGCCAAAAUCACCAUAUUGGUGCCGCCAGAGGCACCGAAAAUCCUGCAGGGCGAUCAUUUGGUCACAACGGAAGAUCGUGAAAUAGAACUGGAAUGUGUGUCGGUAGGUGGAAAACCGGCGGCAGAGAUCACCUGGAUUGAUGGUUUGGGUAAUGUCCUGACCAAAGGCAUUGAAGAUGUCAAGGAGCCUUUGGCCGAUGCCCGCCGGGUCACAGCCAAAUCCAUUUUGAAGUUGACUCCCAAGAAGGAACAUCACAACACCACAUUUACAUGCCAGGCUCAGAAUACGGCAGAUCGCACCUAUAGAUCGGCAAAAAUUCUUUUGGAAGUGAAAUAUGCUCCCAAGGUUACCGUAUCAGUUGUGGGCGGAGCAUUGGCCGGUGGUCGAAUUCCGGAAGGUGCUGAAGUUAUACUCUCCUGCCAGGCUGAUGCCAAUCCUCCCGUCCAGUCCUAUCGUUGGUUUAUCAAUGAUGAACUGGUAACAGGAGAUUAUACCACACGCAUGGUUAUACACAAUGUGUCGCGUCAAUAUCACGAUGCAAUUGUCAAGUGUGAGGUGGUAAAUGCGGUGGGCAAAAGUGAGGAAAGCGAGACAUUGGAUAUAAGUUAUGGUCCUGCCUUCCGCCAAAGACCCAAUUCCGUUGAGGCCGAUUUGGGCACCACUGUCACCAUGAAAUGUGAUGUCGAUGGCAAUCCACCGCCAGAAAUUGAAUGGAUAAAUGAAAAUUCCGAACGUGUGGUAGGCACAUCGGCCAAUCUAACUCUGAAAGUUUCCAGCGAAACAGCUGGCCGCUAUUAUUGCAAAGCCGUGGUGGAUGGUUUCCCUGAAAUUGGUGCAGAGGCCACAAUCUAUGUUAAACGUGCCCCCAUUAUCACCUCCCACAAAGUCCAAUUUGGAGCUGUAGGCAAUCGUGCCAAAAUCGAUUGUUUGGCCUUUAGCAUACCCAAGGCUGAUAAGAUUUUAUGGUCCUAUGAGGGAAAAAUCAUCAAUAUGUCAACGGCAGAUCCCGAUUUGUAUAUAUUCGAGGAGCACCACUUGCCCGAGGGUGUCAGGGCGGCUUUGAUUAUCAAGGAAAGUCGUUCGAAUCAUUUCGGCAAAUAUAAUUGUACAGUUGUUAAUUCAUAUGGCAGCGAUUCGUUGCUAAUCACCUUAAUACCCGAACCAGCUGGUUCUGUACCCGUCCUUUUGGUGGUCAUGGGCUCCAUGUCCUCAGUGGCCAUUAUCCUAAUGGUUGUGAUGCUAGUGAUUGUUUAUAUGAAACGUAACAAAAAGAAGCCCAUGCCAGCCGAUGUUAUACCCGAAGCCUCUCGGGGUGGUGAUAAGUUGAGUGACUUGAAGAAUGAGAUGCGUGCCAAGGCCUAUGAAGCUGCCGAAUAUACCGAAUCCAGCUCAGAUGGUUUGGCUAUUAAUCUAACGCACUCACCCAUGCCCGAUGUACAAAUGAAGGGGGCCACAUUGGGUGUACCUUUGGCGGGACCCGUCAAACUGGAUGAGAGAUUUUCCGGUGAUUUUGGUGAUCGCUAUAAUCGCAACAUCAAGAACAUUAAAAAUAAUCAAGACUACAAAGACUCGGCCAAUGGCUAUCCCUAUUUCGAGUAUGCCUUGGACUAUAGCCCUCCCAAUGACAACAAGAGUUCUGUGGGUUCGGUGUCCAAGAGUAAUUCGACCACCAUUAGUUCGGCCACCUUGCCGCAUUACUCAAAUCCAGCCACCACAACGGGGAAUAUGAGUUUGCCCAGAAACCGCAGUGAUAUGCAACAACAGCAGCAGCAUCAGCAACAGCUAAAUAAUGGAUUCUUAGGUCAACCAUUAUUACAGAACGGCAUCGAUAGCCGUUUCAGUGCCAUCUAUGGAAAUCCCUAUCUGCGUACCAAUUCCUCCAUACUCCCACCUCUGCCGCCACCCAGCACAGCGAACCCAGCGGCAACACCAGCACCACCGCCUUACCAUGCGCCCCGCAAUCACAUGAACACCAUGGCCAAUGGUGGUGUAAUGGGCAGUCUCAAGAAUUUCGGCACACCCAGCAGCAUCAUCAGCGGCCACAAUGGUCCGGCCAGUGUCAGCGGUAGCAGUUCAAAUCUAACAGCCAGCAGCAAUACGCUGGCAGCCACUCCACUAGCUGCCCAGGUGGGUACACCCUCCAGCGUGGUGGCAGCUGUGGGUGUUGGAAACAAUGCCGCCGCCACAACAGUCCAAAGUCCAUCGGGGCAAUUUAUUUUACCCUCAAAUGGCAAUGUCACAAAGAAGGGAGCCCUGGCAACCCAUGUCUAAAUUAAGCGCACAAAAACAACAGCAACAAACAAAACGAACGAACGAAUUCAAAUUAAACGAAUUACCGUUAUGGCAAGUUAAAGUGAAAAUGCUAACAUAGCGGCAAUGUUCAACGAGCAAGACAUACAAACAGACCGGAAGAGAGGAAGAUGGAAAAAACAACAUAUUGUGAUUUUUAGUGUUAAUUAUUUACCUAAUGGCAACUCUAAGCGCAAACAGAAGAAAAACAACAAAACGAAAGAAAUACUGAAAACAUACAAACAGCCAAACAGGGUGUUGCAUUCUCCAUGCCAAAAGAAAAACCGACUGCACUAAGGGGAUUAUGUGUGAAUGUAUGUACAGAUGUGUGUGUCGUUGUAAUGGCGAGAAUGCAACAAUGGUUGCAAAUGUCAGAAUCAACUGUGUGUGGUUGUUAGUAUUUGCAUUUUUAUUAGAAUCAUUAUUGUUAGUAAAGUUAUGAGAGAAGAUGAGGAGAAGGAGGAAGAAGGCGAAAACGAUGUCUAAGGCGGGUAGGGGAACCAGAGAUACCUACUUGUAGAGAUUUGCAUAAAGAGAGGUGGCACCUUUCAUGUGUAUAUUUUUUGCAGGACUAAGAAACUCUUUCUUGUUUCCUUUAACUAUACAGGAUGUCGUCGUAAAAGAACACUUUCAAGUAAUUAUGUACUUAAAUUACGUAUAUAUUCCGACUUACACAAAACAAUCAUGUAACAAUAAGAAUUCAAAUUUACUUUGUUGAAGUUGUAUAAGAACUGACCUUUUUGAAAUAUUUCUAAAAUGUGGCAAAGACAAAGAAAUAUAAGGUGGGACAUUGCAGAGUCAAAAUAUUAAAGUAGAACUACCAGCUGGUUACAAUUUCUUAGUGUGGCCGACAUCUGCCAAAUUUGUGUAUGUGUUUAUUGUUUUGAAAAAUAACAAGUAAAAAUGAGCUAAGUUCGGUCAGGUCGAACUUUUUUACCCUUCACCACUAGGAACUUGAAAAAUUAAAAUAAAAUGCCGUUGAAAAAUAUCGCUCAAAUGAAAACCCUUAUAUGGGACUAUACGAAUACGUGUUGCUGGAUAAGCAAUAUUUGUCGUAGGCUAUAGUAACGAUUCCGAACUUCAAAUACGAAAUUCUAAACAAUUCCGAUAAAUAAUAUCUCUAAUAUCAUCAAAAUACCGAAUAAAGGGACGGUUUCAUUGCAUGGGGGCUAUUCUAAGACGUGGACCUGCAUAGACAAUUUUGUAGUACCCAUUACGAAUAUAUGAAAUUUGACGAAAUUCCGGUGAAUAAUGUCGUGACAAUUCCCCUCUUCCAGGGAGUAAAGUAUUCAGAGGAAACUCCUUGUGUGGAUUUUCCGAAUAUUCCAUUAAAAAAUGUGCCUUAAAAAUGUACCAAAAUACAGAAUGUCGGAGGUACAAUUAUAUGGGAGCUAUACAAUAUCGUGGACCUAUAUAGAAAAUUAUCUUUCAGGGGGUAAAGUACUCGCAGAGAACUCUUCGUGUAGAAUUUCAGAACACUCCAUUAAACAAUGUAGCUAAAAUCAUGAAAAUACCGAAUGUUGAGAGGUACAGUUUUAUAGGGGCUAUACGAUAUUGUAGACCUAUAGAGACAAUUCUCUUUCAGGGGGUAAAUUACUCAUACUCCUUGCGUAGCAUUUCAGACGAUGCCAUUAAAAAAUUGGGCUAAAACCAUAAAAAUAUCGAAUAUCAAGAGGUACAGUUACAUGGGGGAUAUACGAUGUGGUGGACCAAGUAGCCACGAAGAAAUCCUUGUGUAGAAUUUCAGACAAUUCCAUUAAAAAAUGUGACUAAAAUCAUCAAAAUACCGAAUGUCGGAAGGUACAGCUAUCGUAUAUAUACCGUAUGGAGGAGAGUAUAAAAAAAUAUUUUCAAAAUCAAUGAUUGGAAAAAACGUAAAAUUUUCAAUAAUUCUGACAGGAAGCGGGCUUAGCCUCAGGGUGUAUUUUUGUAGGUUUACGAGGCUGUUCUACCUCCUUAUUGUAUCAUGAUUGGAAGUAUAUAAAUGGAUAUUUAAUUAUCGACAUGACAUAUAUUCGAAAAAAUAUUCCAAGUCCAUGGUAUAAGAAUGUACGGUAGCAACAAGCAUUGUACAAAAAUUUACACCGUCAGCACCUGAUAUUACCUUGUAACAAAUAUACCAUGUCCCAACCAUGGUAGAAGAAAAAUACAGGUAGAUGCAUCAACGCUUGGCAACAUUGAUAUGUCUUUUUUUUCAAAAAUAAGUAUAUUUUUAUAAGUUCCAGUCGGAGGUUCUUGUGAUAUGUAUUUUCAACAACUUUUACAAAUUUAAAUAAUUUUUCAUUCAAUAUUUUCAAUUUCAAAAUUGGUUUGACAGUUUAUUGUUCUGUAUUCUUCUGCAAUCUCAACAAUUCUAAAUAAUUCCAUUACUUCUUUUGACACCCUGUAAUUUCAAAAAGAAAAAUUCUUCAACAAAGACAAAUAUCAACCCCAAUCUCAAAGAUCCUUAAUCCAAACAAUAUUGCAGGUUCCUUCUUUGCAGGUAAUAGUUUGUUGGUAUGUCGCCUAAUAAUAUGUACAAGUACUUUUCAACACCGUCUUCAGCGUCAUCAUCAUCGUUGUCGUCGUCGUCCACCUCCUUCUCCUCUUCUUUAUCAUUAACAUGGCCAUCAUAUAUGUUUAAGCAUGUUCAUGUAAUUGUCGAGUAUGCAUAUAUUCUUCAUAAUAUACUUAAAGAACGAAUGCAGUAAAAAAAGAAGAAAAAUACUAAGACCCACUACCUACCCACUUACUAUAUAUAUAUAAAUAUAUUCUCUUUAAGCCUAAGUCGCCUGUAGUUAGUUCUUUUUCAUGUAAAUUAUAUACAUACACAACUAUACAUAAAUUACAUAUACAUAAUAUAAAUAUAUAUACAUACUAAUGAUAUCCCCUACAAUUAAGUAUAUAACAAACGGACAAACGAACGGACAUUACACGGUGCAACAACGAAAAACCGGGACAAAAAAAUACUUUCAAAGUGGUUUAGUCAAAAACUGUGGGUAUUCAGAUUUGGGAUUUGAGCUCUAGACCUGGUUUAUUCACCAAUGUUUAUUUAUGAAAAUAUCCAUUCAUUGUAUUUUGUAUGCGUUAAAACGGAUAAUAAUGCAACCAAACUCUUGAAAACACUUGCAUUUAAAAUUUGAUAUGUUCGAAUUGUAAUUGACAGAUAAUUCACUGGAUUUCGUAUACAUUGACAUUUGACAUUGAUUUGUAAAAGUAUGUUUACAUACAGGGUUAGAUAAAAAAAAGCUGCAACAAAGUCAAACGCCAUAACUUUUACAUUUUUUUAAUUUAUUUUUUAAACCUUUGGCACGAAUUGGCCUUCAAAAGGCCAAUGAAACCGUCACACGCUGCCCGAAUGUUGCUCUGCUGUAUUUUGCCUAUUCCCGGCGUAGCGCUUGCUCGAGGUGAUCGUCACUUUGGUAUUUUUUAGUGCCAUCCUUGCUUUCCAAAAUACUCCAGACACAAUAGUCCAAUGGAUUGGUAUCCGGAGAUUUUGGUGGUCAUUGUGCGCUGGAAUUGAAUAAAUCAUCCGGAAUAUUUUCGUGAUAAUGUUAUGGCAAAUCACAAAAUCACCAUGGCCGACGCUUGAGUUCUGGUAGCCAACCAAAGGUGCACGUUUUCAGCUGGCAUCUUUGGCAAGUAAACACGAUCAUUUUGUUUGUUUACAAACUGCUGGCCAACGAAUGUUUUCUCAUCGGAGAAAUCCAAAUUCGGCAGUUCACCACAUUCGGCCAAGCGAAGCAACUCUUUAGCUCUUUUGAGUCUAUUUUCUUUCUGUUGCGGUGUAAGUUCCCGAACUUUUUGGAAUUUCAAUGGCAUUACCCCGAGCUCAUUUUUUGAAUAUUUGCCGAAUGGAAUAUUGCGAUAUGUUCAGCUCACGAGCCAUUUUUCGGCCACUGCGACGCGGGUUACGAUCAAGUCGCUUCUUUACUUUGGUGAAAUUCGGUUCAGAAAUGGCUAUAGCAAAUUUGGAACCAGAUAUCUUAUUGAGCUCGAAAAUACCUUUGACAAAUUUUAACGAGAUUGGCUCAAAAUUGGGUAUAGCUCCCAUAUAUAUCCUCAUUGCGAUUUCAGGUUUAUUUUGCAAAUAAUGGCUAAUAUCAGUCCAUAUGGGAUAAAUUUCAGAUAUACUUUUCCAUUUCCAAUAUAAUCCUUCUUGAAGCGAUAUCAUGCUCCCUAAAGCAAUGAUAAAAAUGUCUCCGUCAAAUUUAUUGAUUCAGAAUUGGAUAUGCCUCCCAUUUAUUAGUUCCCCCUGAAACCAAAUUAUAACUGCUCUAAAGCCAAUGGUUGAGAGGUGGUAUGAUCUUCUUCAAAUAAAUUCUUUUGCUAUGGGAGCUCUACUAAUCAUGCAUAGUGGUCAUAUAGUCGACCGCGCCUGACUUUUCCUUUUCCACAAUUUUCAUUGCAUAAGUCUCAAAUAUAAACAAAGCCUACUGCUUGAAUACUCUCCAUUUUUUGGACAACGAUAAUACCACUUUCAAAGUUAUUUAUAAUUUUUUGUGUUGCACCGUCUAACAUUUAAUUAUAUACAAAAAAAAAACAAAAAUCCCCUAGCAAAACAAACAUUAGACAAAAAACUAAAAAAAAACCAUAACUUUAUAAGCCAAAAUUUCCAAUUCGAUUUAAAUUUAAAAGAAAAGAAAAACUAAAUUAUUUAUUAUUUAAUAUAUUCAUAAAUAGUUAUUUAAGUAAGAUUUUAAUUAAGUAAAUGAAUAUAAGAUAAAAAACAAACAACUUUUAAAUUAAAUUAUUUAUAAACGCUUAAAACAACCAUUCAAACAAACCAACCAACCCUAAUGUAAAAAACAUAUUAGACUCUAAUAUACGCUUUUAAAAGAAUAAACAAAAUACUAGUUAUAAAUAAAUAAAGUCGAUCUGAAAAUCUAAAACAAAACAAAAAAAUUGCCCUGUAUCUAGAAAAAAGAAAUGGACGAAGACAAGGGGGGGUUUAUUGGCAAUGAAGGUGAGAUGCAAUAUUUCAACCAUGACCACCGAAAGAGUAAAAGUCGAAGUACAUAAAAAGCUUGAAGUCAUGGCUAGGUAUAUUAAUGUAAAAUUAUAAUGGAAAAUGAUGGCAGAAUUUUAGUGCGGCUCUGUAAUCCCUUUAUAAAAUGUCAUAAAAUAUGCCUUGUCAUGACUUUAAGCUUCUUAUGUACUUACACCCUAAGGAAGAAGUUUAAGAUACAUAACCAGCUUGGAAUCACCGCAUGGUAUAUUAAUGUCAAAUUAUAAUGAAUAACGAUGGCAGAAUUCGAAUGCGACAUUCCUUUAUAAUGUCUUACUUAAUAUACCAUGCGACAGUGCCACGCUGCUUAUGUAUUCUCACAUUUGAAAUCGAUUUUUUAUCAUAAUCCAUUUAAUAUUAUCAAUUUGACGUAUAUUUUCAUACAUUUUAUGUCGAGGUACUUAACCGAAAUGUAAAUAAAAAAUGUAAGCAUGGCCUGAACUUAAUUGGUUGAAGCGAUGCAUCACAUCUUCCUUGACACUUUUUGCUCCUACAAACCAAUACAUUGUGCAAAUGAUUAUAAUCAAAUUCUACAUUAUUAGCUGAAAGUUUUUUUUUAGAAUAAACCAAAAAUUCAAAUGCAGUUUAAGGAUUUAUUCAUUCUGUGGAUUGGAUAGAAACUUUUAGAAAAGUAAAAAAAUCGAAACGAAUGUAUGCAUGAAAGAUGAUAGUAAUACGUUAAAUAUUGCUGCCUUAUUCCUUGUAAAAAAAAAACGAAGAAAAA